AUGACUUGCAACAGAUAUAAAGAACUCGAGAUCAUAGGAAAAGACAUAAUCGACGCCACCACGAAACUGUACAAUAUUAAAACUUUUGAUGAAGAUGAAAUUAACAACAUUUAUCAAGAGAUCAAAAGCAAAUUGAUUGAAACAAAGAUACUCUCACCAGAUAGGAUACUUCUUGCAAUUCGAACAGCCGGAAUAUGCAGAAAUAAGUAUCUUAGUUCUUAUUUGGCACUAUUCAAAAAAGUGACUGAAGAAUAUCAUCCGGAACAAAUGAAAAGCCAAUCCAAAGCAUACAUGUUCACUGUCUAUAAAGAUUAUGAUAUUUUAGCAUUUGUAUCGACACCAGAGAAGCUUGAAAACGAGGAUACAAAAAAUUAUGGCUUAGAUGUUCAUGAAAAUAAUACAAUAUACAAAGCAAUCAAGGAUGAUGACAUAGUCUCAUUUAUUGGAUUUACAGAGAGAGAUGGAUUUGAUGAAAAUCAAAGACUUAUAAGUUUACUCUAUCCUGUUUCAAAGGAUGGAUAUUCAUUACUGGAAUUAUGCUGUUAUCAUGGUUCUGUUAAAUGUUUCAAGUUAUUGAGAACUAAAUUCAAAUCAGCAAUCACACAAACAUGCCUCCAAUUUUCAUUUUUAGGUGGAAAUCCAGACAUCAUGAGCGAAUGCCUUAAAGAAGUUCAACCAGACAACUACAAAUGUAUGGAAUAUGCAAUCAUUUCACACAACAUUGAUUUCGUUACUUUUUUGAUGAAUACAUAUAACAUGAAAGUUUAUGCAAAAGCAUGCGCGAUAAAUAAUAAUCUUCAAGCUUUCUUCGUAUUCUUAGAUCAAACUACAGAUAUCAACACUUGCUUUAUUAAUUCUGCAUCAUUCAAUAUUCCAUCAAUUUGUGAAUAUUUCCUUUCACUUGGUGCAGAUAUCAAUACAAAGACACAUGAUGAUUUAGAUUUCCCUGCUCUUCAUAUGGCCCUUGAAUUCGAUAAUUUUGAAACAGCUGAAUUCCUUAUUUCGCACGGUAUUGAUAUCAACGCAAAAGCGACAAGAGGAAUUAAUGCCCUUCAAUUUUCAGCCUCCUUCUCGAGCAAAGAAGUUGUCGAAUUUCUCGUUUUGCAUGGCAUUGAUACCAAAGAAAAGACAUUAGAAGGAAAUGAUGCAAUUCAUUAUGCCGCAAUUGGAAAUAAUAUUAAGGAUGUAUGGAUUUCCCCAAUCCACUAG